UUCUUUGUAUUCCUAGCACUAUUUUUAAUGUUGCUUGUUAUUUAUGUCUAAAGGGUCUUUUGCACUUGGCGAUCAAAGUCUAGAUGUGAUACUAUCCAAGGAAGCUUUGCCCUCACUGACUGACCUUAUCAACCACCAGCCUUGGGGGAGAUCCAACCUUGGAGGAGCCCAGCAGCUCGUGGCCCAGUGUUGGACAUUGGUUUUAGUUUUAUCCCCAUCCAAUGAUUUUAAUUUAAAGGCACAUUUUUAUCAACCAAAUCUAGGCUUGCUUGGCAAGAGGGGCAUCUGAGCUAGGUGUCUCCAUCUAGAUUAGUAUCGAGUUCUCUCUUGGUCUUGAAGCUGGUCCAGCCAGCUGCAAUGCCUUAAAGAUUAGAUGACAGUCAGAAACACGUCAGCAGUACCACAGGGUAGCCACUUAAUGUCCAGCAUCCUUUUAUUACCCAGAGACAUCUAGGAGGAACUCCUUUUUCAGAGCAGACGGCCCAGCUCCAACCUCGUGGGUGACAAAGUUGAUAACUGCUUUGUAAUAAAGAGGGAACAGGCAAAGUGAAUUUGGUAAGGGAUGAGUUAUGGGUUCCAGGUAGCCAAACAAAAAUAAAAACAGGCUACGUUGCCACAAAAAAAGAGCAGAAGAUGCCAGAAGAAGUACAGGUGUUUGUCCCCAAUGUCUAAGAAGCGCAAGAGAGGCAUAUGCCCCUGUGUUUCACUGUCUGCAUGGAAUACACACCAGCCGCACGACUCCCCCUGCAGCUUUCUGUAGCGUCAGUGGUCCAGAUGCUGGUCUCUCUGCUAAGCACUCUGUUUUCACUCACUUCAGUCCGGGACUGUCUUGAUUGUGUCUUGAUGUGCCUUAGAGUGGAGAUGAUCCCCAAACUUAUAGCUGCUGUUCUUCUGCUGAGUCUGGGUUUGGAAGGCUGUUCCAGCCAGCACUGGUCCUAUGGGUUGCGCCCUGGAGGAAAGAGAAGUGCGGAACCCUUGGUCGAUUCUUUCCAAGAGAUGGGCAAAGAGGUGGAUCAACCAGCAGAACCCCAGCACUUCGAAUGCACUGUCCACUGGCCCCGCUCGCCCCUCAGGGACCUGCGAGGAGCUCUGGUGAGUCACCGUGGUCACUGCGCAGAGCUAGAGUCAGGAAGGCCACCACCUCAGAGCCACCCGAGUCACUCCUGCGCAGGGCCCUCGACAUCUUGCAGCGUGUCCCCUCUGUGCAGAUAGCACUCAUGUUUGUAAACUGCUUUUCUCUUAGUUGAUAUAAACGUGUCUGUAUACCCCUUAUAUAAUAAUCCCAGAUUCAGCCUUUGGAAUGG